CCCGCCGCAGAGUUAAGUGUCAGGUUUCCUUUAGCCAUAGUUAGCAUGAAGCUAGCUCCUCCAUCAGCAGCAGCAGAACGUUUCCAGAGACAGGCCGGCACAAGUUCAAUAAAGUCAAGCCGGGUGUCAUGGCAGAGGGAGCAGACUGCGGCUCGGUGAACCCGGCGAAGAGGAAGCAGCCAGCGGGCAGAAAGAGCCGACAGAGCCGACCGAAGAAGAGUCCCAGCGGCCGGGUGAGUCUGGAGAAAGUUCUGGGCAUCAGCACGGUCAGCAGCAGCGGUUUGACCUCUGACCCCAACUCUGGGCUCAUCGCGUAUCCUGCCGGGUGUGUCGUCGUGCUGCUUCACCCAAAGAAGAACAAACAGAGUCACAUCAUCAACACGUCCAGGAAACCCUUCACCGCUCUGGCCUUUUCUCAUGAUGGAAAACACCUGGUCACUGGAGAGAGCGGCCACAUGCCCUGCGUCCGGGUGUGGGAGGUGGGUGGAGGUCAGGUGGCCGAGGUCCAGUCUCAUAAAUAUGGCGUUUCCUGCGUGGCGUUCUCCACCAACAGCUGCUACAUCGUCUCCGUGGGAUACCAGCACGACAUGACCGUCAGCGUGUGGGACUGGAGGAAAGGUUCAAUCAUCGCCUCCAACAAAGUGUCCAGCAGAGUCUUCGCCGUCUCCUUCUCUCAGGACAACAGUUACUUCGUCACCGCAGGAAACAGACACGUCAAGUUCUGGUACCUGGACGCAUCCAAAGAGCGGCGGGUGAACAGCACGGUGCCCCUGAUUGGCCGGUCGGGGUUGCUAGGCGACCAUAAGACCAGUGUGUUCAGUGGUGUAGCGUGUGGGCGGGGCCUCAUGGCGCCCACCACCUACUGCAUCACCAGCUCCGGUUUGUUGUGUUCAUUCAACAGCAGCCGACAACUGGAGGCCUGGGUGAACCUGAAGACGUCCUCAGCCAGCUGUCUGGCCGUUAGUGAGGACUUCAUCUUCUGUGGUUGUGCAGACGGAGUCGUCAGAGUUUUCAACCCGUCCAACCUGCAGUACAUCACCACCCUGCACCGACCGCACCGGCUGGGAGUCGACCUCACGCAGAGCGUCCAGCACAGCUGUCCUCUUCCCUCCAGUCCAGCAGCUCAGUAUCCGGACACCCUGGCUCUGACCUUUAACCCCGCCGCCCGCCACCUGACCUGUGUUUACAACGACCACAGUGUUUAUGUGUGGGACGUCCGGGACGUGAGGAACGUGGGGAAACUGUUCUCAGCUCUGUACCACAGCAGCUGUGUGUGGAGUGUGGAGGUGUAUCCAGAGCUGACGGGCUCGUCCCAGGCUUGUCUCCCCCCGUCCUCCUUCCUCACCUGUUCGUCUGAUAACACCAUCAGACUGUGGAACACCGACCCCCCCACAGGACACAAGAACCUCUACAGUAACGACCUGCUGAGGAUUCUGUACGUGGGGGAGGACACGCAGCACCUGCAGGCGGAGGGGGAGAAGGGGGAGGCAGCAGGGGCUGAUGGGAAGGCGGGGAUCAGGGUCCUGGGCAUCAGUCCGGAUGGACAACACCUGGCGGCCGGAGACCGCUGUGGAAAUGUCAGGAUCUUCGGGCUGAUGUUUCUGGAUGAGCUGGUGAAGAUCGAGGCUCAUGACCUGGAGGUGUUGUGUUUGGAGUUCUCCCCCACAUCCACAGGUGUGAGGCUGUUGGCGUCGGCCAGCAGAGAUCGACUGAUCCACGUCUUUAACCUGGAGAACAACUACAGCCUGGAGCAAACCCUCAACGACCACUCGGCCUCCAUCACCGCCGUCAAGUUCACAGGUGAGAGUCCCGGGGUGCGGAUGGUGAGCUGUGGAGCUGACAAGAGCAUCUACUUCCAGAGCGCUGAGCAGGCGUCCGAGGGUUUGUGGUUCUCCAGGAGUCACCAUGUGGUGGAGAAGACGACGCUGUACGACAUGGACCUGGACUCAACCAGGACCCACGUGGCCAUCGCCUGCCAGGACAGAAACGUCCGGGUCUAUAAUGUGGAGACGGGGAAACUGAGGAAGUGUCUGAAGGGUUCGUCCAGUGAUGAAGGAGCUUUGCUGAAGGUCCAGAUGGAUCCGUCCGGGUCGUUCUUCGCCACCAGCUGCUCUGAUAAGAACAUCACCAUCUUUGACUACGAGUCCGGGGAGUGUGUCUCCACCCUGUUCGGACACUCAGAGAUCGUCACCUGCAUGAGGUUCAGCCAGGACUGCAGACACCUCAUCACCGUGUCCGGAGACAGCUGUGUGUUUGUGUGGAAGCUGGACUCUCAGAUGACCGGCGUCAUGAGGAGGAGGCGUGGCCUCAGACCGACUCCUCAGACUCUGAACAACAGACAGGUCAACAUCAGCAGGUGUGGCGAGGAUUCAGACGCUCGGCUGCUUCAGACCAACGGGAAACUUCCUCUGUGGUUCAGGAAGUUGCAUGGUCAGGGCGGAGCCUCCAGUCAGGCCGUCCAAUCAGACACAGAGCCACGGCAGGUACGCAGCCGGUGGGCGGAGCAACUGAACCCUCUGACCAUCUGCUCCAGCUUCUCCCCCAGUCCCACCAAGAGUCAGGAGGAGGAGGAGGAGCAGGAGCAGAGGGAGGAGGAGGAUGAAGAGGAUGAAGAGGAGGAGGAGGAAGAGGAGGAGGAAGAGGAGGGCUUCCACCCUCAGAGUCUGGAGAGUCUCCUGGGAGAUGAGGAGGAGGAGGAAGAGGAGAAGGUACCCCAGACGGAGGCGGAGGACCGCAGCAGCUACAUCCUCUACCCCAACAACACCUCCACCUCCACAGACAGGGAGUUUGACGUGGAAGGUCUGACCGAUCGCACCCAGGUGGAGGUCAAAGGUCAGGGGGCGGGGCCUGUGGUGUGGCGCUCUCAGCUGAGUCCAGACUCCGCCUGCUCGGAGGGUUCGGCAGGAAGUCUGGAGCAGCCGCACGACGCCGACACAGACUCUCUGAGUCAGGGCAGCUCUGUGGGGAGUUUGGUUCUGGAGGACGACGAGGACAGAAACUCUCUGAAGAACCACUUUGACACUCUGGCCUCCAGCCUGAACGACGAGAAGUUCGACACCGACCUGAGGACGCUGCAGCCUCCGGAGGAGAAACACUUCCUGAACCCCCGACUCAGCAUCUCCACACGCUUCCUGUCCCGCUUCCAGGACAGAAUCAGGCCCUGGACGAACCGAGCUCCGCCUCCUGUCUCCAUACCAACCAGGAUCUCUGAGGAAAGCCACAUCAGCAACACAUCGGUGAACUCAGAGUCGAGCAGCGACGCCUCCUCAGAAGUUUCAACUCGGAGAGAAAGCAGCAGCGUUUCCUGUUUGACUCCGAGGUGCCCUCAGUCAGUCCAGCGUAGAAGAUGCUCCUCCCCCCUGACUUCCCAUCAGCCCCAGCGGCGAACACCGCGCCGCCGACGACACACGAUGCUGGUGGUCCAGUGCAGAAAGAGGCUGGGAGACGUCUCAACCAGCAGCGUCCACCAGGGGGCGUCUCAGCUCAGUUACCGGGGAACCACAGCCAGUUCCAGGGCCAAGCUGAGCCAGGACACCACCUCCUCCACCUCCUCCACCACCUUCACCUCCUCCACCUCCACCUCCUCUACCACCUGCUCCUGCUCCUCCUCCUCCACCUCCUCCUCCUCCUCCACCACCUCCUCUACCACCUCCUCCUCCUCUACCACCACCUUCUCAGACCCCCAGCCUCCACCAGACUCCCAGCAGGACCUGACCAGUCCACAGGUGUUGGCCACGCCCACUCUGUUGAUGUCACAGGGCGGGGAGAGCAAGUGGAGCGUGAGUAGCAUUGAGGAGACAUUGACCAAUCAGAACCAAACACUAACCCAGAGUCCCGCCCCCUCGACCGACCGGACCGAUCCAGUGUCAGACGUGGUUUCAUCUCUCUCUGCCCCGCCCACAUCCACCUCCUCCCCCCUGGCAGAGAGACUCCACCCCCCUCAGACAGGUGAUGCUGAUGAAGGUGAAGAUGAGGAGUCGUUGUGUCUACAGACGUGUCAGCUGAUCGCUGACGAACUGAAACAGACGGCGAGACGAGCCGUGCAGCUUUACCAACAGCUCGGGGAUCCAGAGACGCCGAUGUCGUCCGUGCUGCUGGAGGCGUUUGACGCCGUUCGCUCGGAGCUCGGGGCGGUGCUGCCGGGUCCGACCGGGCGGAGCAGCGGCGCCCCCUGUGUUCAGCUGGAGGACGACACGACCAGGUCUCUGCUGGAGAAAUACUCAGAGCUGCUGGUCCAGAUGACCCAGAACAAGCUGAACCGGGUCUGAACCGGGUCUGAACCGGGUCUGAGACAGGACCAUUACCAGUAUUAAAUAUUCACGCACCUUACGUUUGGUUUUAACGACAGAAAAGUGUUUUUAUUUGAGUUUUAAAUCACGUAAACUGUAGUUUAUGUUUCUUAAUAAAUGUUGAAUUUAAA